UAUAGCGCACGGAUGAUCCGAGAUUUGCACAGACAAGUUCAAAGGAAUACCGAGACACGUGCGUUUUAUUUGUUUUGUUGCGUUUUUUGGACGCCUGUGCGUUUUUAAAGUUAUGCCCCUUGCAUUCUUUGGCUAUUUAUACACUUCAUAGAGCCUCUUGGGGCAACAUUUCACAUUUGGAUGGUUGCUGUCAUUGUAUAAACUUCAGUUUGCAAUAAUGAAGAAAUUGACCUAUGUGGCUCUUUUAACAUUUGCAUCCGCUUGCAUGGUUGACGCCAGCUGCCCGGCUACGUGUGAAUGCCCUGCCGUGCCCCCGAUGUGCCCAGCUGGCGUGAGUUUGGUGUUUGAUGGUUGUGGGUGUUGUAAAGUGUGUGCCGCCCAACUAAACCAGGACUGCAACGCUCACAAGCCCUGUGACCACCAUAAGGGUUUGGAAUGUAACUACGGCAAUGAUGUGAUGCUGGGAAAAGGAAUAUGUCGAGCCAAACUGGAGGGUCGGAGCUGUGAGUACAACGGAAGAAUGUACCAGAACGGCGAGAGCUUCCGUAUGGGCUGUAAACACCAGUGUACCUGCAUAGAUGGAGCUGUGGGUUGUGGUCCUCUAUGUACCACCAGCCUGCCCCUAUCAUCACCCUCCUGCCCCUACCCUCGACUGGUGAGGGUACCUGGCCAAUGCUGCUUUAGUGUUGACUGCCACAAAGGGGCAAUAGCGCCUCUGAUUCCCUCAUGGAAAAUGAAGCAGCAGGCUAAUGGUCCACUGGAUAAGAGCUGGAAUGUGCUGGGGAACGAGUUGUGGAACAGGAGGACCGGAUGGGAAGAUGAACAUGGAUAUAAACACUUACCAAACCUAUGGGCCAGUGUUCAUUCUAGGUGUGUGAUCCAGACGACUGAUUGGUCUCCAUGUUCGAGUAGUUGUGGCAUGGGGAUAUCCUCUCGAGUAACCAAUGGCAACGCACAAUGCAAACUGGAGAGAGAGACUCGCCUGUGCAACAUACGACCCUGCAGCCCGCUGGCUGCUCUUCCCAAGAAAGGGAAGAAGUGCACACGCAUGCAAAAGUCAAGCAAACCUACUCAGCUGUCCUACGCAGGCUGCCGUAGCGUCAAAGUUUACCAGCUGAAUUACUGUGGCUUGUGCACUGAUGGGCGGUGCUGCGUGCCACGGCGCACACGUACCGCAUCGGUGCCUUUCUGGUGCCCUGGAGGAGGGCGUUUCGACAAAGCGGUCAUGUUCAUUCACUCCUGCAAGUGUGGACAAGACUGUGCGCACCUGAACGAAGCAGCCAUGCCGCCUCAGAAGUGGCUUUAUGGAGACACGCACAAGUUCAUUGACUAAAUUUCUGUGAAGCUGUGAAGACUUGAUACGACAUAAUUUGACCGUAUCGUGACGACAGUGCACAGCACACCUGCACUGAAAUGAGAAUAUUUAAGUCUACUUUAUACCACACAGAACACUGCUGACCCCAGUGAAGGUAUAUACACAGAUUACCGACCCUUUUUGUUUUGCAUUUUUGGUUGAGAGUUCUGCUGGUCAGCAAGUAUGAAUGGAUGCAACAUUUUAUUGCAUAUAGACUCACUUUAUUAGGGACAGCUGUACACCGACAUAUUCAUGCAACGAUCUAAUCGGACGUUUGUAUCGCAGCAGCACAAUGUAUACCAUCGUGAUAGGGGCUUCAGUUAACAACAAACAUCAGAACGGAGAAAUAACGUGAUCACAGUCAGUAGAGUUUAUACAGAAUGGUACAAAAAACAAACUCAAAUAUCACUCUACAAAAAGUGUUGAGAUGAAUCUCAAAUCACAAAUCUUGUGUUGAAUGGGCUACAAGAUCAGAUCACAUCAGGUUCUACUUCUGUCAGACAAGAACAGGAAUAUAAGGCUAUAGUGUUCAGACUCAGACAGAUGUUUAGCUGUCCUGUUGUGUGUGAAAAUCCCAGAUCUGAAAUUUAUAAAAUACUCACAACCAGCAAUGAUGCCAUGAUCAAAGUCACUGGGAUUAAAUUUGUACGUUACAGUGCCGAUGGUCUGCAUCUGCAACCAUUUUACACACUGCGCUGCUGCCCCAUGAUUGGCCGACAAGAUAAUUGUAUAAAUAAGCAGGUGUACUGGUGUUACCUGUAUAGUGCUCAAUAAGUUUAGCAUAUUUUUUAGUUCUAAAAAUUAUUUAAGUAUUCUGUAAGAAAAAGUUAAGCUUGUAAAAUAUUUGCACAAGCGAUUACUGUUGAUAACUGUUGUAGGAUUAAAAAAAUAGACUAAAAAAAGACAAUAUGUUUAAUUAAAAAAAAAGGGAAAGUGACAAAAAGGUCAUUAAGUAAAUAAUGAAAAUCGCCAGUAGUUGGUGAAGUUAUGAAAUAAUAAUCAUUGACAGGGUGGUGUGAUGCUGCCUGACUAAACGAAAGGGAGUUACUUUUACAUCAGAAUUAUAACUUAAGUUAUAGAAGCCUCUCUACUUCUCCCGUCGUGUAGCUAUAAACCUGCAACUUAACUAAGAAAUCAGAAAACAAAAACUACUAGAAAUAUUAGCGACUAUUCAAUACACUGACACUGUAGACUCCCCCAUAAAGGAUAUUUAACCUUCCCAGUGUCCAUGAUUGAGUUUUUGGUUCUGACUUAUUAGCAUUAGAUUAUGUAAAGCAACUGCCAGACACAUGGCCGUGGAAGUUGUUAAACAAAAUGAAUUAUUUUCUGACCAAAAUUAAACGAAAUUUAUGAAGGAGGGGAAAAAACCAAAAACAGGGUGGUGGGGGAAGCUACACAGGAAUAAAGUGAGUGAACCACACACACACACACACACACACACACACAAAUUGAUGAAACACAAGAGCACUCACUGCUAACUUCCAUGCAUCAUUAAUAUAUUCAGUUUUAAGAUGUCAAUUUUGCACUGAUAGAUCAAGGUUGAUAUCAGCCAGACUGAUAGGACCGAGUACCUAGAAUCAUCUAUUCACUUACUAUAAAUGUUAAAAUUGAAAUUAUUUACAAGGUACUGCUCAUGUUAAUAGUUUUCAAUUUAGGCAGCUAAUGUUUUUGUCUUGUUGCACUAUUAUAAACUCUGAAUAAAACAGUACUAAACAUGGAGCUAAGGUUGCUGCACAAGAGAAUAAAGAUUAAUUAUUGCCUUUUGAA